CAGAUUGGUAAUGCCUGCUGGGAGCUGUACUGCCUGGAACAUGGCAUCCAGCCUGAUGGGCAGAUGCCCAGUGACAAGACCAUUGGAGGAGGGGACGAUUCCUUCAACACCUUCUUCAGCGAGACUGGAGCUGGCAAACAUGUUCCUAGGGCUGUCUUUGUGGAUCUGGAACCAACUGUCAUUGAUGAGGUACGCACAGGCACAUACCGACAGCUAUUCCAUCCAGAGCAGCUAAUCACUGGUAAAGAGGAUGCUGCCAACAACUAUGCCCGUGGUCACUACACAAUUGGCAAGGAAAUCAUUGAUCUGGUGCUGGACAGGAUCCGCAAACUGGCUGACCAGUGCACGGGUCUUCAAGGUUUCCUGGUCUUCCACAGCUUUGGUGGCGGUACUGGAUCUGGCUUCACCUCUCUGCUGAUGGAACGUCUCUCUGUUGAUUAUGGGAAGAAGUCCAAGCUGGAAUUCUCUAUCUAUCCAGCUCCCCAGGUUUCAACAGCAGUUGUUGAGCCCUACAACUCCAUCCUUACCACUCACACCACCCUGGAGCACUCUGACUGUGCUUUCAUGGUGGAUAAUGAGGCCAUCUAUGAUAUCUGCCGUAGAAAUCUAGAUAUUGAGCGCCCCACCUACACUAACCUUAACAGGCUUAUUGGUCAGAUUGUAUCCUCUAUUACAGCUUCUCUCCGAUUUGAUGGAGCCCUGAAUGUAGAUCUGACAGAGUUCCAGACCAACUUGGUGCCCUACCCUCGUAUCCACUUCCCUCUUGCCACUUACGCCCCAGUUAUCUCAGCUGAGAAAGCCUACCAUGAGCAGCUUUCUGUCGCUGAGAUCACCAAUGCUUGCUUUGAGCCAGCUAACCAGAUGGUGAAAUGUGACCCACGCCAUGGUAAAUACAUGGCUUGCUGCCUGUUGUACCGUGGUGAUGUGGUGCCCAAAGAUGUUAACGCAGCUAUUGCCACCAUCAAGACCAAGCGUACCAUUCAGUUUGUGGAUUGGUGUCCUACUGGUUUCAAGGUUGGUAUUAACUAUCAACCACCAACUGUGGUACCAGGUGGUGAUCUGGCCAAGGUACAGCGUGCUGUGUGCAUGCUAAGCAACACCACUGCUAUUGCAGAGGCCUGGGCUCGACUGGAUCAUAAGUUUGAUCUCAUGUAUGCUAAGCGUGCUUUUGUGCACUGGUAUGUGGGUGAAGGCAUG